UUUUCAAUAUAUACAACUGUUUGUGUAUUAAAAUUAAAAUAUGCGAACAAAUAUGUUAUCAAAGGAAACACUUUUACCCGCAUAUUAUCAAAAGCCGGUGCCGUUUAUAAAGAUAUUCAAAAAAUAUUUACCGUUUACGGCUAUAAUUAUGUUAUUGACAUUAAGUGUAUUUUGCUAUAUAUUUAUGCCAAACAUUGGAAAUCCAACUGAUUUUCUUCCCAAAAGUUGGCCAUUAAUGCAACAGACGGUGUCCGAAGACAUCGACGCAGAAAUGGCAACCAAUCCAUCGCUUCCAGUUGUUUCUCAAACUAGUGAUCAAUUGGCUUCAACUGUAAAUACUUAUGAUAAUAAUCGAGUGUUGAUUAAUCAACAGAAUAUAGACGACAACAAUAAAAUCAAAGACACCGUUAGAUCUGAUAGUACGGACAGUUCUAUGAAAAGGCCGUUUGUUAAUAUGUUGCCAUCAGGUGAUGAUACUAACGCUACAGUUAGGGCACAAAGAGAUUUUAUUAAGGAUAUGAUGAGACACUCGUGGGAUAACUAUGUGAAGUACGCGUGGGGUCAUAACGAGUUGCAACCACUGACCCGUACAUCACAUACCAGCGAUAUAUUCGGCGGUGACUCAAAACUAGGCGCCACUAUUGUCGACUCAUUGGACACGUUAUACAUAAUGAAUAUGACGGAUGAAUUCAUGAGAGGAAGAAAUUGGAUUUCCAAAAAUCUUAACUUCGGUGCCGUCGACUCAGAUAUGUCAGUGUUUGAGACAGUCAUCCGUUUUGUUGGCGGACUAUUGACUUGUUAUGCAUUCACUAAAGACCCGAUGUUUCUGGAGAAAGCACGUCAUGUAGCGGAUCACAUGUUACCGGCUUUUAAUACCGAUACGGGCCUACCAUUGGCACUGAUAAAUCCAAAGACAACUAAUAGUCACAACUAUGGUUGGGCUUCGGGAGGUGACUCGAUAUUGAGUGAACUUGGAUCCCAUCAUCUAGAGUUCAUGUAUCUGAGUGUAGCCACGGGUGAUAUAAAAUAUAAAAACAAAGUAAUGAAAAUCCGUAGUGUUGUCGAUAACUUAGAAAAGCCAUACAAUGGUCUCUAUAGAAAUUAUAUAAAUCCCAAAACCGGACAGUGGGGUCAGGACGAGAUAUCGAUCGGUGCUCUCGGCGACAGCUUUUAUGAAUACCUCAUUAAAGCAUGGAUUCAGUCCAAUGGAACCGAUGAACAGGCACUUCGACUUUAUAACAAUGCUGUUCAAGCGAUUAACAAUAAUUUGGUAAAGAAGUCAACUAAUGGUUUGACAUAUUUGGCGAAACAGACAUACGGCCGGUUGGAACAUAAGAUGGAGCACUUGACCUGUUUUUCUGGCGGUAUGUUUGCUAUUGGAGCUCAAUAUGAAACCGAUGCCAACAAAAAGCAAUACUAUAUGGCUUUGGGAGCUAAUAUAACGGACACGUGUUAUGAGUCAUAUCGCCGAACGGCAACACAGAUCGGUCCCGAAGCCUUCUUCUUUACACCAAAUGAAGAAGCAGUUGCUCUCAAUAAUAAUGAAAAGUAUUAUAUAUUGAGACCCGAAGUGAUUGAGUCCUACUUUUAUUUAUGGCGUCUCACUCACGACCAACGGUUCCGCGACUACGCCUGGAGUGCCGCUCAAGCCAUUAAUAAGUAUUGUCGGACAGACUCCGGGUUUUCCGGUAUUCGCAAUACAAGUGAUAUAAACUCAGCCAAAGAUGACGUCCAGCAGACCUUUUGGUUGGCAGAAGGACUCAAAUAUCUUUAUCUUAUUUUCUCUAGCGAUGACUUAUUGCCAUUAAAUCAAUGGGUAUUUAAUACAGAAGCGCAUCCCUUUCCAGUGUUAAAUCUAAACAAAACAUAUCUAACAGAAAAUGUUUUAUAAUUAUUUAUAAAUUAGUUUAAUUUGUUAUUAUUUUUUUAAUUAAUGAUUUAUUUAAAUGUAAAAUU